AUGGCGGCAUCAUUGUUCACUUUCUCCUCCACUUCAAUAAGAGUCAUCCCAGCUCCAAACUCUCCUCCUCUUCCCAUAUACAUCAAAGCCACAAAUGUUGUUUUCAACCUUGAUAUACCAGAUGUUCAUCGCGGUCUCGAACUUGAUGAUUUUGUCAAUUUCUUAGUCUUCUGCCGACUUCGAUACGCUAUCAGUGAGGUUCCAUCAGAGUUCUUUCCCGAACAAAUAUUUUUUAUCACCGCUGAUCUCCUCAGUGUUGCGCUCAGGUUACCAAUUUUUGAACCAUUCUCUGAGCUUCCAACUAUUGAACGCUGUCGACGCCUCUUUGAUCAACUGGGCUAUGAUCACUCGAAGGCUGGUGCUCGAUCAGCUCUCAUUCUGCAUCAAUGUAUCACUCCAGGAUGGAAGUUCUUCACCGGGGCACUGUGCAAAUGUGUGGGUCACAAAUCUCGCAGUGGUGAUCAACUGAGUACUUAUGAGCAACAAGUUGUCUGUUCCCUUCUUCUCAACAAAUGUCUUGAUUAUGGGGCUUUCUUCUUUGAUCAGCUUGUCCAACUUCUUAGUACCAAUGUACGCACUGAUCAUGUCCCCUUUCUAUGCUGGAUUGUUCUUGUCCUAAAUAAAUUUUUCGCUGAAGCCUACUACUCCCACUCUGGAAACCCCAUCCAAUGCCCACGCAUGUCAGUACGAAUGUAUCAGGAUGAUCCAAUGGCAAAUGACAUCGGCAUCUCUGAUCGAAUGAGAGAAUGGAUCGCAAAUCCAUAUGCUGUUCCUUCACUAACCGCUGAGUGA